AAGAGCCCCGGGGCGCGGAGCCCCUCGCCCGGGCGGCCGGGGGAGGAGGACGAGCUGGCCCGCCGCUGCCGCUGCUUCAUGGCCUCGCCCGUGACCGACCUGCGCGAGCUGCGGAGGAGGCCGGACGACAUGAAGACCAGGAUGGAGCUGCUGAUCCUGGAGACCCAGGCCCAGGUGUGCCAGGCGCUGGCCCAGGUUGACGGGGGCGCCCGCUUCUCCGUGGACCGGUGGGAGAGGAAGGAAGGAGGUGGGGGCAUCAGCUGUGUACUUCAAGAUGGGCGUGUUUUUGAAAAGGCCGGGGUGAGCGUUUCUGUUGUUCAUGGACAUCUUUCUGAGGAAGCAGCAAAGCAAAUGAGAAACAGAGGAAAAAAUCUGAAGACUAAAGAUGGUAAAUUGCCAUUUUCUGCUAUGGGUGUGAGCUCUGUUAUCCACCCCAAGAAUCCUCACGCUCCUACUUUCCAUUUCAACUACAGAUACUUUGAAGUAGAAGAAGCCGAUGGUAACAAGCAUUGGUGGUUUGGUGGGGGAAGUGACCUUACUCCCACGUACUUGAACCAAGAGGAUGCUGUCCAUUUUCACAGAACUCUAAAGGAGACUUGUGACCGGCAUGGCCCAGAUCUCUACCCUAAAUUUAAAAAAUGGUGUGACGAUUACUUUUUUAUAGCCCAUCGUGGGGAGCGCAGGGGCAUUGGGGGUAUCUUUUUUGAUGACCUUGACUCUCCAUCCAAGGAGGAGGUGUUUCAGUUUGUGCAGAGCUGUGCCCAGACUGUCGUUCCUUCUUAUAUUCCUCUUGUGAAAAAGCACUGUGAUGACUCAUUCACCCCUCAGGAGAAGCUGUGGCAGCAGCUCCGGAGAGGACGGUAUGUGGAAUUUAACCUGCUGUAUGAUCGGGGUACGAAGUUUGGCCUCUUCACUCCAGGAUCCAGGAUUGAAAGCAUCUUGAUGUCUUUACCUCUGACUGCCCGAUGGGAGUACAUGCAUUCACCCUCAGAGAACUCCAAAGAGGCAGAAAUUCUGGAAGUUCUUCGCCAUCCAAGGGACUGGGUGCAUUGAUGGAGGUGAAGCAGCUGUCCUGGGGCUUGGGGACACAGAACGUGUGCUCCAUUCCACUGGCUGGCACCGUCGCCACAGUGUGGCAGUUAGUUAUCUUUGUUUUGAGCCCCAGUCUUCACUCUGGAGCCUGCCUCCCUGGCAAGUGGUGAAAUGUGUUCUAAGCACCACGGGUUUCUGUUGGAUGUUGUCAGUCACGGGAGGUGAGGUGGCAGCUUGUCAGAGUCCAUUGGUUAUACUUUUAGAAUAAUUUUAUAUGACUAGUUUACAAAAUAUGACAUUGGGUUUCCUGUAUUGAGUUAAGGGAAUCUAAAUUUGUAAUUUGUAUCAGGGAACUUCUCUUUUUUAUUUCUUAUAUUUUUAAAAACUUUGUUUCUGCCACAAAAAUGUGUUGUGGGAUAAAUAUAUUUUCAUUAAUUCAAUGAGAGUGUGCUUAUUAGUAAUUUUAGGAAGCAACCUGAAAUGAAGGUAAAACUUUUACUUUGUCAUUACUGAAGUUUCUUUAAUCAUAGUGUUUGUAUGUAUGUAUCUUGCUGUAGAAAUCAUAAUAUUGUAAAUACUCUUUUUAUUUUUAUAAUGAUAGGUAUUUAGGAACACUUGAAAUUUUCUUAAUCUCUGAAGAUGCUACAAUUCAGUGAUUGCCUGUGGUUAUUAACUCUCCAUCACUGUUAUUUCAAUAAGGGACAUCUAAGUUGUAAUUUUGAUUUUUGUAAAACUAGGAUUUGUUAAUGUUGGGAUUCUCUGUACUUUUGAAUGUGAAACCUUAUAAGCAUAGAUUCUGAUAUUAAAAAUAUUCUAUUCCAGAGAGUUCUAUAUGGAAAUUUAAACUAAAAAAAAGUCCUGAGGAUGUUAUGAAUGUAGGAAGUGUUUCUCAUUUGGUGAUAAAUAUUUUCCUUCUUUAAUUAAAGCAAACAUAAAAUAACUGUUAUGAGUGUGAGAAACGUAGGCAUCUUAUAAAUAUAUUUUUCUUAUAAAAUGGACUAGUUGAAGUUGCACUCUUUUUAAAUUAGAGAUUCUGCAACUCAUAUUUACUUUUAAGAGAAAAUCACAGCAAAAUUCUUAAUGUGGCUUCUUUGUUCACAUAAUAACAUGAAUGUGUGUUGUUUUUUUAAUCUGUAGUAUAUUGAAGUUUGUAAGGAGUAGUGUCUUCCUACAUACUAUUAAGCAUUAUCUUGGAACACGUUGAAUGUAUGUGACUGUGACUCUUUAAGGCUGGAAAAUUUAUGAAUUCUUCAGUUGUCUUACAACAUAUCUGCUGAUUAAAUUUUAUUAUGGAAUAUGACUUAAAAA